AUGCCUGGCAACAGUAGUAUCUGGUGAAAUGGCGUCUGGUUACCUAGUGCUCGGUUUAUUUUAGCUAUUUGAUUAGCAAGCUAUAUUCAAUAACCUUUGACUGUGAAUAGAAGUUCAUUUUCAAUAGAAUAAAUAACGUCAUUGUUAUAUAUUUCAAAAUGUCUGACUCAGAAGAGGACAGUCAAGAUAAGCAACUUAAAAUUGUAGUCAUCGGGGACGGCGCAUCAGGGAAGACGUCCCUCGCCACCAGGUUUGCACAGGAGGCCUUUGGGAAACAAUACAAACAAACCAUUGGCCUUGAUUUCUUUCUGAAGAGAAUAACUCUGCCAGGCAACUUGAAUGUUACUUUGCAAGUGUGGGAUAUUGGAGGUCAAUCGAUUGGAGGGAAAAUGCUGGAUAAAUAUGUCUACGGGGCUCAGGGUGUUCUUCUAGUGUACGACAUUACAAACUACCAGAGCUUUGAGAAUCUGGAGGACUGGUACGGCAUGGUCAAGAAGGCCAAUGAAGAGUCAGACGUCCAGCCUGUGGUCUCACUGGUGGGAAACAAAAUUGACCUGGAGCACAUGAGGACAGUGAAGGCUGACAAACACCAGCGCUUCUGCCAAGACAACAGCCUCAUCAGUCAGUUCGUAUCAGCCAAGACCGGAGACUCAGUGUUCCUGGCAUUCCAGAGAGUGGCUGCAGAGAUUCUGGGGGUGAAGCUCAACAAAGCAGAGAUUGAGCAGUCCCAGCGUGUGGUGAAGGCCGACAUCGUGAACUACAGUCAAGAACCUGUGGCUAGGACAGUCAACCCCCCGCGCAGCUCCAUGUGUGCGGUACAGUGACCCCCUCUCUCCCCCACCUCCCCUCUUGCCCCUCCACAAACUGACGAUAGCAGUGAGGGCUUCUGACCAGCAGGCUGCCCCUAACACACUGGCCCAUAGCCAAAGCAGGGGAAUUGAGCCAGCUUGGUUUAUUCUGCUGCACACGCACACACACACACACACACACACACACACACACACACACACACACCUUCUCUCUCAACGCACAAGUCUUGAGAAAGGCUUUAUAUCAGUAUUUCCUUGAGGGUUUUCAGGGUCAUCGGAUAUGUUAAGAUUUGAAUGUGAGGAUCUCUCUGUAUGUACAGUUUGUAUUUAUAAAGGGACCCCACAGUAUAUUCCUGGCUUCAAUACAUUUCAUAUAUUUUCAUGAAUGAUUUCUUGAGUAGUAAUUAGCUUUGGUUGCAGCAUACGUCUGUUUAAACAUGAAGUUAUGCUGAAAGCAAAUGGGCCCUCCACUUUUUCAGCAAUAUAUUUUGAGCAACUGUUAUUCUUUUGUCAUUUUUUUCCCUUCUACUGUCUUCAUUAUUCAAUUAAUCUUCAAAGGACCAUUUUUGAUUGUUUGUAUGUAUGUAUGUAUGUAUGUAUGUAUGUAUGUAUGUAUGUAUUCAACAAAAAUUUAAAUGCAACAUGUAAAGUGUUGGUCCCAUGUUUCAUGAGCUGAAAUUAAAGAUCCUAGAAAUUGUCCAUACGCA